AUGGAGGACGAUGUGAGUAGUAUUCUGGAAAACAUGAAGCUGACUACUGACGAGGAGGAGGUUAUCCCUAUAUCGGAUGAAGGACGGAUAGCGGAGAUUGAAAGUUGCUCUCAGAGUUUGCUGGGAAAGUUCCUCACGUGUAGGUCUUUUAAUAAAAGGGCUGCUCAAGGAACUAUUAAACGGGCAUGGGGUCUGGAGAAUCGGGUUCAGGUGGUAAAGGUUGGGGCAAAUCUCUUCCAGUUCAAGUUUAUUUCAGAGUUCGACAUGAAUAGGGUCCUAAAAGGAGGGCCAUGGACCUUUGAUAACCAAGUGUUAUUACUGGUUCGAUGGAAACCAGGGAUGACUGCUGCCAACGUGAGGUUUGAGACGGCCUCCCUUUGGGUGCAAAUAUGGGGAGCGCCGUUUGACAUGGCUUCUCCGUCAGUGGCUGAGGCAGUGGGUGGACGGCUAGGUGUUGUGGAGGAUGUGGAAAAGCGAUGGCAGCUGGACGUCCCAAACUUUUUCAUGCGCGUCAAGGUUGCUCUUCCGUUAUCGAAACCUCUUCAGAGAGGGUCCUUUUUAGUAGAUUCGAAUGGGCAGAAGUAUUGGGUUACUUUCAAAUAUGAGCGUCUUGCUCUGUUUUGCCAUUACUGCGGAUUGCUUGGGCAUGACCUUCGACAUUAUGCCCAACAUUUUAGUGCAACUAAGAACGGCGUGGAGGCAGAUUGUCAAUAUGGGGACUGGAUGAAGGCUACUGGGAGCAGAGCACGUUCACCAAAUAGCCGAGGACGGUAUCGGGAUGAAACUGAGCGUGCGACGGAGAGUGAACCGGUCAGUUCAUAG